GUCACAACAGAGCUGAGUGGAGGCCGCCGCCGCCGCCGCACUUCCUGGGACCGCUGCGCCGCAGUCCGCGGGCAGGUGGCGGGUGCGCCCGGCCGCAGUCGCCAGGCUCUGGCCCCUAUCGGGCCGCCGGCGUCCGGGCUUCAGAGGCCGCCUGGCUGGGCGCCCGGUGCCUUUUGUCUGGCGCAGGGCCGGCGUUUGCAUCACAUUUCGGAUACCUCCCUCUCUUUUUCGCCUCUCCUUCUGCCUCCCGCUCACAUCGCCUCCCACUCCCGCCACCGUGCCCCGCCGGACUGCUAGCCUCCUAGACCGAAGCUCGAGGACGUCUCUGCCCGAGCGAUGUCCCCUCUCCAGAAAGUUGCCGCCGCCGCCGCCGCCGCCGCCGCCACUGCCGCCGCUGGGCGGUGAAACAAAGUCUGGCGGGGCCGCCUCCCGGUGCAGGAGCGCACCCGUGCCUAGCGGCUGGACUCCGCUCCCGGGCGUCCCGCUUUCCCCCGGGGAGCCCUAAACGCUCCAGGCCAUGGCCGAGGGCGCGGCCGGCAGGGAGGAUCCGGCGCCGCCCGACGCGGCGGGGGGCGAAGACGACCCCCGAGUGGGCCCGGAUGCCACCGGGGACUGCGUGACGGCGGCCUCUGGGGGCCGGAUGAGGGACCGUCGCAGCGGGGUCGCACUGCCAGGCGCCGCGGGGACCCCAGCGGACAGCGAGGCAGGCCUCCUGGAGGCAGCACGGGCGACCCCCCGGCGCAGCAGCAUCAUCAAGGAUCCUUCAAACCAAAAAUGUGGUGGAAGAAAGAAAACCGUGUCUUUCAGCAGCAUGCCAUCGGAAAAGAAAAUUAGCAGUGCAAAUGACUGCAUCAGCUUCAUGCAAGCUGGCUGUGAGUUGAAGAAAGUCCGGCCAAAUUCUCGCAUUUACAACCGUUUUUUCACUCUGGACACAGACCUUCAAGCUCUUCGCUGGGAACCUUCAAAGAAAGACCUCGAGAAAGCCAAGCUUGAUAUUUCUGCCAUAAAAGAGAUCAGACUGGGGAAAAACACGGAAACAUUUAGAAACAAUGGCCUUGCUGACCAGAUCUGUGAGGACUGUGCCUUUUCCAUACUCCAUGGGGAAAACUAUGAAUCUCUGGACCUAGUUGCCAAUUCAGCAGAUGUGGCAAACAUCUGGGUGUCUGGGUUACGGUACCUGGUUUCUCGAAGUAAGCAGCCUCUUGAUUUUAUGGAGGGCAACCAGAACACACCACGGUUCAUGUGGUUGAAAACAGUGUUUGAAGCAGCAGAUGUUGAUGGGAAUGGGAUUAUGUUGGAAGACACCUCUGUAGAGUUAAUAAAACAACUCAACCCUACUCUGAAGGAAGCCAAGAUCAGGUUAAAGUUUAAAGAAAUCCAGAAGAGCAAGGAAAAACUAACCACCCGCGUGACUGAAGAGGAAUUUUGUGAAGCUUUUUGUGAACUUUGCACCAGGCCAGAAGUGUAUUUCUUACUUGUACAGAUAUCUAAAAACAAAGAAUAUUUGGAUGCCAAUGAUCUCAUGCUCUUUUUAGAAGCUGAGCAAGGAGUCACCCAUAUCACCGAAGAUAUGUGCUUAGACAUCAUAAGGAGAUACGAACUUUCUGAAGAGGGACGUCAAAAAGGGUUUCUUGCAAUUGAUGGCUUUACCCAGUAUUUAUUGUCAUCAGAAUGUGACAUUUUUGAUCCUGAGCAAAAGAAGGUUGCCCAAGAUAUGACCCAGCCAUUAUCUCACUACUAUAUCAAUGCCUCUCAUAACACCUAUCUAAUAGAAGACCAGUUCAGGGGGCCAGCUGACAUCAAUGGGUACAUUAGAGCUUUGAAAAUGGGCUGUCGAAGCAUUGAACUCGACGUAAGUGAUGGUUCAGAUAAUGAACCAAUCCUUUGUAAUCGAAAUAACAUGACAACCCAUGUUUCCUUUCGAAGUGUCAUAGAAGUAAUAAAUAAAUUUGCCUUUGUUGCUUCUGAAUACCCACUCAUUCUUUGCUUGGGAAAUCACUGCUCCUUGCCGCAGCAGAAGGUAAUGGUUCAACAGAUGAAAAAGGUCUUUGGCAAUAAACUCUAUACUGAAGCACCUUUGCCCUCAGAAUCCUACCUCCCAUCACCAGAAAAAUUAAAAAGAAUGAUCAUUGUGAAAGGAAAGAAGUUGCCUUCUGAUCCAGAUGUGUUAGAAGGAGAAGUAACAGAUGAAGAUGAAGAAGCUGAAAUGUCUCGAAGGAUGUCGGUAGAUUACAAUGGUGAGCAGAAGCAAAUCCGACUCUGUAGGGAGCUCUCUGAUUUGGUGUCUAUUUGUAAAUCUGUUCAGUACAGGGAUUUUGAACUAUCUAUGAAAAGCCAAAACUAUUGGGAAAUGUGUUCAUUUAGUGAAACAGAGGCCAGCCGCAUUGCAAAUGAGUACCCAGAGGAUUUUGUUAAUUAUAAUAAGAAGUUCUUAUCAAGAAUCUAUCCAAGUGCCAUGAGGAUCGAUUCCAGUAACUUGAAUCCACAGGACUUUUGGAAUUGUGGCUGUCAGAUUGUAGCAAUGAAUUUUCAGACUCCGGGUCCAAUGAUGGACCUUCACACGGGCUGGUUUCUUCAAAACGGGGGAUGUGGUUAUGUUCUAAGGCCGUCUAUAAUGCGAGAUGAAGUUUCUUACUUCAGCGCAAAUACAAAGGGCAUUCUACCUGGGGUGUCUCCUCUAGCUCUUCAUAUCAAGAUCAUCAGUGGUCAGAAUUUCCCAAAGCCCAAGGGAGCUUGUGCCAAAGGGGAUGUCAUAGAUCCCUAUGUUUGUAUAGAGAUACACGGAAUUCCAGCGGAUUGUUCGGAACAAAGAACUAAAACUGUACAGCAAAACAGUGAUAAUCCUAUUUUUGAUGAAACUUUUGAGUUCCAAAUAAACCUACCUGAGCUGGCCAUGAUCCGUUUUGUUGUUCUGGAUGAUGACUACAUUGGGGAUGAGUUUAUAGGGCAAUAUACGAUACCAUUUGAAUGUUUGCAGCCUGGAUAUCGGCAUGUUCCCCUGCGUUCUUUUGUGGGUGACAUCAUGGAGCACGUAACCCUUUUUGCCCACAUAGCAAUAACUAAUCGAAGUGGAGGAGGAAAGGCACAGAAGCGCAGUCUUUCAGUGAGAAUGGGGAAGAAAGUUCGGGAAUAUACCAUGCUCAGGAAUAUCGGUCUUAAAACCAUUGAUGACAUCUUUAAAAUAGCGGUUCAUCCAUUACGAGAAGCCAUAGAUAUGAGAGAAAAUAUGCAGAACGCAAUCGUGUCUAUUAAGGAACUAUGUGGACUCCCUCCAAUUGCCAGUCUGAAGCAGUGCCUGUUAACUCUGUCAUCUCGGCUCAUCACCAGUGACAAUACUCCUUCAGUCUCACUUGUGAUGAAAGACAGCUUUCCUUACCUGGAGCCUCUGGGUGCAAUUCCAGAUGUGCAGAAAAAGAUGCUGGCUGCUUAUGAUCUGAUGAUUCAAGAGAGCCGGUUUCUCAUAGAAAUGGCAGACACAGUCCAGGAAAAGAUUGUACAGUGUCAGAAAGCAGGGAUGGAGUUCCAUGAAGAACUUCAUAAUUUGGGGGCAAAAGAAGGCUUGAAGGGAAGAAAACUCAACAAAGCAACUGAGAGCUUUGCUUGGAACAUUACAGUAUUGAAGGGCCAAGGAGAUCUGUUGAAGAAUGCCAAGAAUGAAGCUAUAGAAAACAUGAAGCAGAUCCAGCUGGCAUGCCUGUCCUGUGGACUGAGUAAAGCCCCCAGCAGCAGUGCUGAGGCCAAGAGCAAGCGCAGCCUGGAAGCCAUAGAGGAGAAGGAAUGUAGUGAGGAGAAUGGGAAGCUGUGACUCUGGGCAUUAUCGGCACGUUCACCCAUCUUAUCAAGGACUCUGGUUUCUCAUUCUUGUUUUCUUUCUUUAAAUGUUUUAUAAGUUCACAAAAUGGUGCCCUAUAUGGGGUAUUGGACAUAGAUAUUUUCACAAUGUCAGUAUUUCAGAGUAGUUAAUUUAUCUAAAUUAAAACCUUUAGUAUCAGUGUUUUAAAUUCUGAGACAUGUGUCAACACCCCUGUGUGGAUGCCUGUGGAAGAGUGUGUGUGUGUGUGUGUGUGUGUGUGUGUGUAGCAGAGAGAGAGAGAAAUUCUGUUAAAAUCUAUUCUGUGUUGCAUUAUUCAUUUAGUGAGUUAUUCCUUGAUCAUUUUGGGACAAUUGUUUUAAUCUGAAAUUCUAAAGAGCACUUACUGUAACCCGUCGCUGUGUUUAAUUUGACUUCUCUGCCUUUGACAUUUAAUUUAGUGAUCUUAGCAUAGCUUAUUAUUGAAGGAAGCCAAAUUUAUCAAAGCAUAGAUGUUUUGGUAGAUUAAAUAUAGAUUAGAAAAAUUCCUAAGAAUCAGAGUAGAAAUAAAAGUGAAUGAAAGAUUAAACAGAUGAUGAGAAUUUCUAAGAAGAUUAGCAAAGUCAUUUCUUCAGUCAGAAAACUUUAAAAAAUAUUUAUUAAAUAAAAUCAAUUUUUAGGAAGUUUUCUGUAGUCAUUUACUAAACAUAUGAUUUCACUAGAAAAGCUGAUCAUAAGUGAAUUUAUACCUACCUGUGUGGUACUCUGAAACACACUGAAAGCUCUGUUGCAAUUAGGAUUUUGAUGUGACAAUAAUAUUGUUGUAUAAUUUCGAGAUUUGUAGGAAGGUCUCAUUCUUCCAAGCUGAGAGUCUAGCACUCAUUUUCUAUAACAGAUAUGGCAGCUUAGAGGUGUUGGCUUUGUUUGGAUGUAAUUUAGGGUACUAAAUUUAAAUUUAAAGAUAUUGUCCAAACAAUAUCAUAUCAUCACAUUGAGCUGAUAUAAAUUCUGUGGGUCCGAUAAUAUCUUUGUGAUAAUUUAAGAGCUAACCAGUUACCACACAUCUAUGAUAUAACCCUAACACACACAGAAAAGCAUACAUGCAAAAAGAAAUGACUAAUUAGGGUACAUUUAUAACUGCAUCUAGGUAAUUUUUACCCUAAUGUCUUCAUAAAGUACUUGAGUGUAAUGUUUGUUACCUCCAACAGAACUAAAUGUUCUAUGGUUAUGAAAGAAUAUAUUUAUUUAAAACAUUGCUUUUAUUUUGAAAAGCUUCUUAAUUAAUUUGAUUAACAAAUAUGCUAAUUUGGGGAAACCUAGAGAAGAUAAUUGUUGAAAUUUUGCAAAUAUAAACAUCUCCUAUAGCUUCUGUGUUAUUUCUGACUUCUUAACACUAUUAUGUUUAUGUUGCACAUUACUGAAAGAGUAAAGAUAUGAAAAAAACACUAAUUGUUUUCUUUUAUUGUGAAUUGAAAAAGCAAAGCUAAUGAAAAUGGGUUACUACAUCAAAAAUAUCUUAAAGAGUUUGCUAUUUCCAUGGACCAGAUAUGAUGAAAUUAUUACCUGGGUUUAAAACUGGGCACUCGAGGAGGAGGUACCUGAAGUCAUUUGAAGGCAAGUUUCCAAUGAUACUACAAUGGCCUGAAAAAAUUUCUUUACCCUGUGUUAUAUUUAACUUGCUGGUAGGAGGACUAGUGGAAUGCAGGUGUUAAGCCCUUUGUGGUGAAAAAGAGGUUCUAUAGACAGAAACAAAACCCACCUUACAUCAGCUGAUUGGUUGAUUUUACUAGUGUACCUCUUCAUCUACUUGAAUUCUAUUUGGUAAAUCCAUGUCUUUACUGGAUAUACAGUUAGGUGGGAAGAGGAGAUAAAGGAUGACAAACUCUCAAACAAUAUUUAUACAUUUAUUUACUCCAGGGUCAAAUCCAAUCCUUGGAAGUAGCUUCUCUAGUUUAUUUUAUUUGUCCUAGAGCUCUACUCACACUUAGGACCCACCCAAAAAUUCUCAAAAACAUAAUAUGGAUUCUGCCUCAUCUGAUGCUAUUUCUGGCAGUGGGUUGUCAGCCAUACUCUGCUUCAUUCCACUGGGUGUCCUUGCUAGAUGGGGAGUGAGAUGUGGAGCAGGAAGGAGCUUUGGAUUCUGGGAGUGGAGGUGGCAAGGGAAAAGUCUCCUAGUCUCCUGUGAUGUUCCUGCCUCCAGAUAGAAUAGCAAAAACAAACAAUUUUUUUUGUGUAUUAUGCCUCCAUGACAUUGUUACAUUCUAUGAGGAGCAUCUGUCUCCUUUCUAGACUUGAACUGUGGUAGAAAAAGCCCCCUUCUCUCUUGUAUCUACUUAGAUUUGGUGAUGCUAGGAACGUAGUGUUUUAGAUAUUAAUUCUAUUUUUAUUUAUUCAUUUUUACAUCACCAAUAGGAUCUGAGGUGGAGAUGGCGGGUAUUAUCACUGGCAUUUUACAGGUGAGAAAGCCCAAGGCCACUGAGGUAAUAAAUGGAAUAAUUGAUUUUGAACUUGGGUCUGUCUGAUUUCAUGUGCAAGAUUAUAUACUUAGUGAUUUUGAUUUUAAGUUUAUUCUUAACAUUUUAAACCAGACUAUUAACUCUUACCUUUAUAACCACAGAUACAAAGAACUGUAUCAUUUAUUUUCUUAAUAUAAAAUAUUAAUGGUCAGUAUAAAAAUACAAAAAUAGAGAACUAUAUACAACAGAAAAGCAAAAUUACCCACUAAUAACAUUUUGAUUUAUAUCCCUUUAGACACUGUUUAGAGUUUAUACAUAUAUGUAAAUAUGCUUGUAUUUUAACAAAAUUGAGAUAUUAUAUAAACUGUUUGUAGCAGGGUGUUUAAAAUUUUAACAAUAUGUUAUGGAUAUCUUUCUGUGUCAAUAAAUGUGUAUUUACAUUAGAGUUCCAAGCCUUUGAACUGAAUCUAGUCCAAAAAUGAUGUGUUUUAUUUGGCCAUUGAACAUUUUUUAAAAAAAUCUUUAAGCAAUAGACAGCUUUUGAAAUUCAGAAAAUGUUACGUACAAUUCAGUGUCCUGCAUGUUUUAAAAUACUGGAUAAUCUAACAACACAGGACACCUCCCACCCCCCACCUCACAACCACCACACAUAUACUUUCUUGCUUGGCAUCAAUUAAUUGAAACUGCCCUCUCCAAAAGGGGCAUAUGCUGUCCAAUUUUCUAGAGAGCCUUUUCAUUCAUUUAUGUUACAUCUGGACCUUGAGGACAUGAUAGGUGGUGAAACUUGAUGAAAAUUAUCAUUUAUUGAGAGGCCAAAAUGAGAGAAUUGCUUGAGGCCAGGAAUUGAGACUAGCCUGGGAAACAUAGUAAGACCUUGUCUUUAAAAAAUAAAAAAAAAUUAAUGGUCAUUUAUAAUAAUUACACAGUAUCUUAUUAUAUGGCUUACCAGAAUAUAUUUAACCAAUCUCCUAUUGCUAGAUUUUACUCACCUAAUUUCUUGUUAUAUAAACAUUCCAAUAAUAAAAUCCAUUUUUGCAAAGUUGUUCAACUUUUUCUUUGGGAUACAUUUCUAGAAGUGGAAUUGUUGGGUCAAAGGAUACAGAGAUUUUUUGUUUUGUUUCAUUUUUGUUUUUUAGGGAUUUUGAGAUACAUUGCCAAAUAGUCUCUGGAAAACUUGUUCAAUUUAAAACCCCACCAGGAGUUUAUGAGAGUGCUCAAAUCUUUGCUAAUGAUAAAUUUAAUUUUUCUUAUUUUUAUCUUUGCCAAUCUUCUAAGUUACAAAAAUCUUAUUUCUCUUUAUCUUUAAUCUCUGAGAUUGGAUGCAUAUUAAUAUGUUCGUUGACUCUAAAUAAUCUAAUUAAAAGUAAAAACUUUUGUACUCCAAAGGAUACUACCAAGAAAGUGAAAAUAGAACCCACAGAAGAGGUUUGCAGGUCAUAUAUCUGAUAGAGACUGGCAUCCAAAAUUUAUAAAGAACUAUUACAACUUAAUAAAAAGAAAACCGAAUUUUUAAAAACUGUUCAAAGGAUUGGAAUAGACUUUUCUUCCAAGAAAAUAUGCAAACAGGAAAUAAGCACAUAGAAACAUGCUGAAGAUCAUUAACCACUAAGGUCACAUAAAUCAUAGCCACAAUUAGAUAUGACUUCACACCAAAUAGGUUGGCUAUAAUAAAAAAGACAGAUAAUAACAAGUGUUAGUGAGGAUGUGGAGAAAUUGGAACCAUCCUACCCUGCUGAUGGAAAUGUAAAAUAUUUCAGCUGUUUUGGAAAACAGCUUGGCACUUCCUCAAAAGGUUAAAAAAAACAUGAAGUUACCAUAUGACCCAGCAAUUCUACUCUUAGAUUUCUACCCAAGAGAAAUGAAAAUAUAUGUCCACACAAAAGCUUGUACACAAAUGUUUGUGGCACCAUUUUUUAUAAUAGUCAAAAGUAGAAACAAUCCAAAUGUCUAUCAACUCAUGAAAGGAUAAAUAAAAAUUACAUAUUCAUACAUUGGAUUGUUCAACAAUAAAAGAAAUGAAGUACUGAUACAUGCUACAAGAGUAUACCUUGAAAACAUUAUGCUAAGUGAAGGAAAUCAGGCACAAAGGCCACAUGUUGUACCGUUCCAUUUUUAUAAAAUAUCCAGAAUAGACAAAUCAGUAGAGAUAGAAAGUAGACUAAUGGUUGCCAGUGGCUGUGGGGGUCUGGGAGUGACUGCUAAUGGGUAUGAGUUUUCUUAUUGGUGUGAUGAAAAUGUUCUGGAAUUAGAAAUAAUGAUGAUGUUUGUUUACAUAAUUUGUGAAUGUACUAAAAGCUAUUUAAUUGUAUAUUUUAAAGAGUGAAUUUUAUGGUAUGUAAAUUAUCUCAGUAAAAGGGUUAUAAAAGGAGAAAUAAAAAGAAUUUAAACAAUGAACAGGGUAUUAGAGAAUAGUGAAAUAGCUUCAAGAAUCUAAUAUGUAUGAAACUGGAGAGAAGAGCAGGAAAGAAAAAUAAUUUGAAGAAAUAAUGGCUAAAAAUUUCUCAUUUGUAAUGAAAACUAUAACCUCCAGAUCCAAGUGUCUCAAAAAUUCCAAGGACAAGAAACAUGAGAAAAACAAGUUAGUCUGUUUUCUGCUGCUGUAAUAGAAUGCCACAGAUUGUGUAAUUUACAAAGAAAAGAAGUUUAUUUGUUUUACAGUUCUGGAGGCUGAGAAGUCCAAGAGCAUGGCUUUGGCAUCUGGUGAGUGUAAUUCCAUGCCAGAAGGGCAAAAUGUGGAAGGUCAAGAGAGCCCAUAUGAAGGAGGUUUUGCUAUUAUAACAAAGCCACCUCCUCUACAACUACCCCACUCCGAUGACAACACCUUGCAUGAGGGUGGAGCCCUCAUGACCCAAUUACCUCUUACUUGGCCACACUUCCCAACACUCUGGCAUUGGGAGUCCAAUUAAGUUUCCAACACAUGAGUUUUGGUGACACCUUCAAACCAUUGCAACAACCAAGGCAUAUUGUAGCCAAAUAGUUCAAAAGUAGUGAUAAUGAGAUAAUCUUAAAAGCAGCCAGUAAAAAAAGACAUGUACAGAGAAAAUAAGAAAGACAGCGUAUGUCUUAUUGUAAACUGUGCAGAUGAGAUGCCGGUGGAGCAACUUCUUUAAAGUAUUGAAAACAAAGCAAAAACUGUAAUCCUAGAAUUCUAUACCCAGUAAAAAUGAAUUCUAGAAUUCUAUACCUAUUCAAAAAUGAAGGUUAUACAAAAAAAUUUUCAAAAGCUCAAUUCAUCACCAGUAGACUUACAUUAUAAGAAAUGUUAAAGGAAAUCCUUCAGGCUGAAGGAAAAUUAUGCCAGGUCAAAAUAUGGAUGUACAAAAACAGAUGAAGAGAGAGAGCUAGAAAUAGUAACUGCAGGGAUAAAUAUAGCUGGCCCUUUGUAUCUAGGGGUUCUGCAUCUGUGGAUUCAACCAACAAUGGAUUAAAAAUACUUAAAAACUGAUAAAAAUAACAAUACAAAAUUAAAUACAAAUAAAAAUACAGUACAAUUAUUUAUAUAGCAUUUACAUUUAAUUGGGUAUUAUAAGUAAUCUAGGGAUAAUUUAAGGUAUACAGGAAGAUGCAUAAAGAUUAUAUGCAAACACUAUGUUAUUUUAUGAAAGAGACUUGAACAUCUAUGGAUUUUGGUAUUUGCAAGGGGUGAAUGGGGUAUUUGCAAGCAGUGAAUGAGGAGGCCUGGAACCAAUCUUCUGCUGAUAUUGAGGCACAGCUGAAAAAGGUAUAUUACUUAAAUCUCUUAUUGUAUUGUAAAUUGUAUAAGUAAUGAAAUUAAAAGGCAGAAAUUGUCAGACUGAAUAAAAUGAAAAGACCAAACAAUAUGCUGCUUACAAGAAACACAAUUCAAAUAUAAGGACACAAUUAGUUUAAAGGAAAAGAACUGGAAAAGAUAUACCAUGAUAACACAAGUCAGAAGAAAGCUGCUGUGGAUAUAUUAAUAUCAGAUGUAGAUUUCAGAGCAGUGAAUAUUGCCAGGCAUAAAGAAAGUUAUUACAUAAUAAUUAAGGUAUCAGUUCAUCAAGAAGAUGUAAUAACCCUAAGUAUUUAUACAACUAAUAUCAGAGCUUCAAAAUACAUGAAGCAAAAACCAGUGGAAUUGAUAGGAGAAACACACAAUUACACAAUUAUAGUCAGAAUUUUCAACAUAUCUUUCUCAAUGGAGAAAACAACUAGACAGGAAAUCAUUAAGGAUAUAGAUGAUUUAAACUAUAUGAUCAACUACCUGGACAUAAUUGGCAUUUAUGGAACACUGCACCACCAACAGCAGAGUACAUAUUAUUUUCAAGUACACAGAAAACAGUUACCAAUAUAGACCAUUUUCUGGGUCAUAAAACACAUCUCAAUAAAUGUAAAACAAUUAAUGUUAUAUAAAGUAUGUGCUCUGACCACAAAGGAAUUAGAGAUCAAUAAAAGAAACAUCUUUGAAAAAUCUCAACAUAUUUGAAAACUAAAUAACUCACUUCUAAAUAACUCCUGUAUCAAAGAAGAAAUUAAAAAGGAAAUUAGAAAGUACUUUGAAUUUAAGUGUCAAAACAUCCAAAUUCAUGGGAUAACACUAACACUAUACUUAGGAAAUUUAUAGCAGUUAACACGUGUAUUAGAAAAAAAGAAAUUUCUCAAACCAAAGACUUCCAUUUUCAUCUUAAGAAACUAGAAAAAAAAAGAGAAAAUUAAGUUCAAAGUAGAAAAAAGAGAAUAAAGAUUAGAGUAGAAAUCAAUAAGAUAGAAAACAAUAGAGAAAAUCAAUAAAACAAAAAGGUUGAAUUUUUGGGAAGAUCAAUAAAAUUAAUAAACCUCUAGUCAAACAAGGAAAAAAGGAACACUCAAAUUACCAAUAUCAAGGUAAGAUCAGACAUCAUUUCAAUAUUGAAUCAAAAAAACGAGUGAGAAUACAUCACUCCAAAUUUUAAGGAUAUUAAAGGAUAGUAGGCAAACAUUAUGAAGACUUUCUGCCGAUAAAUUCUACAACUUCAGUGAAAUGGGCAAAUUCCUUAAAAGACACAAAUUGCCAAAUCUCAAAAUGAUGAGUUAAAUAACUUAGACAAAAAGUACAUGCUGUAUGUCCAGUAACAUACAUUUCUGGAAGCACAAACUAAUGAAUAGUAACAAAAAGUAGAUAAGUGGUUACCUGGGGUCAGUGUGGAAUGGGGAGUGUGAGAUUACAAAGUGGAUAAGGACAUAUUUGGGAAUAAUAUAUGUGCUCAUUAUCCUGAUUGUGGUGGUGUUUUCACAUGUUAGACAUAUGUCAAAAUUUAAAUUGUAUACUUUGAAUAUGUGCAGUUUGUUUUAUGGAAUUAUAUCUCAAUAAAGCUCUUAGAAAUA